AUGUCCGAUUCGUUUGUUAAGGAGGACAAGUUGGAGUUGCACGAAAACUCAGAUGUCUCUUCGCUUGACCCCGACUUAUUCUUGGAGAAAGAGGUGGAGAAUGAAAACUCGCACGAUAUCAACUACCGUGAUUGCUCGUGGCAGAAAACAGCAGGACUUUUGUUUAGUGAAUACAUCUGUCUUGCCAUUAUGUCUUUUCCCUGGUCAUACUCGGUAUUGGGCUUAGGUUUGGGGUUGAUUGUUACCGUGAUUGUUUCCCUCUUGUGUCUCUAUACGGGUUUGGUCAUUUGCGACUAUUGUGCAGCUUACCCACAUUUGACCAAUGUAUGUGAUAUUGGCCAACACUUGAUGUUUGGCUCGAAAUGGGUGUGGUAUGCCACCGCGGUUGCCUUUUUGUUGAACAAUACUUUGAUCCAGGCGUUGCAUGUCCUCGUGGGUGCAAAAUACUGGAACACAAUCAGCGACAAUACCACAAUCUGCUCCGUUGUGUUUGGUGUAGUGACCGCCAUCAUUUGUUUCUUGCUUUCCUUGCCAAGAACUUUUAGUCACAUGUCCGGCGUUGGCUACUUUUCAGCCGUCACAAUGUUCAUUGCCGUGCUUUUGGCCAUGAUAUUUGCCGGAAUCCAAAGCCAUCCAUUUGGCUACGACCCAUCCACCCCCGUUGUAUGGCACGGAUGGCCACAAAAGGGUGAGAAAUACGUCAACAUUAUGUCUGCAGUUUUGAACAUUGUUUACACAUUUGUCGGUCAAAUCACCUACCCAUCCUUCAUCUCCCAAAUGAAACGCCCAAGAGAGUUCCGUAAGGCAUUGAUUGUGGUUACCAUUUGCGAGUUGAUCACAUUUGCCUUGGCAGGAUCCAUAGUCUAUGUCUACGUUGGAAAUGCCUACAUCACAGCACCAGCAUUUGGCUCAUUAACUGGCAAUUUCAAGAAAAUCGCCUUUAGCUUUGCCUUGCCUACUAUUUUGUUUCUUGGAUCGUUGUAUAGCAAUGUCUCAUCACAAUUCUUGUUUCAACAAUUCUUUAAGAAAGAUAGCAUACACAGAAACAGCCAUACACUUACCGGUUGGGGUGUUUGGGUCGGCCUCAAUGCCAUCUUGUGGGUUAUUGCAUUCGUCAUUGCCGAAGUCAUUCCAUUCUUUAGUGAUUUGCUCAGUUUGAUGAGUUCGCUUUUCGACUGUUUCUUUGGAUUCAUCUUUUGGGCAUUGGCAUACUUCAAGUUGAGAAAAUUGUACUACUUUAAGCAAGAAGGCAUCUCCUUGAACCUCUUUUCGUUGUUUAAGAGAUCAAACAUAUGGCAAAAGGCUGAGUAUGUGUUGAAUGUCGUGAUAUUUGCUCUUGGAUUCUACAUCUUGGGACCUGGUUUGUAUGCAACUAUCCAGAGUAUCAUUUGGUCAUAUGAAGCAAGUCUAUAUGGCUCGCCGUUUAGUUGUGUCAGUAAUGCCUUGUAG